CUGCGGUGCAGGAACAACGACGAUUCUGCGGAACCGGAUAACGUUAUCUCCAUAAAGAUCAUCUUUAUCUAUUCAGAUUCUACACAGGUCUUCAACAACGUGCAGAACAUGUUAUUGUUAUUUAUAUUCUUAUUGUUCAUUGACGGUGUGUCUAGUGCGGAUGAAACCGUGAUGGUGAUGGAGUCCGUGAUGGAGGGAGACUCCGUCAUUCUACACACUGAUCUUACUGAAAUACAAAACGAUGAUACGAUACUGUGGAUGUUCGGACCAAAAGACUCUGUCGUAUCUCAAAUAGCAAGAAAGGCAGAUUUGACUUCAUUUUUUGUGACCGAUGAUGUGGGAUUCAGAGGCAGAUUGCAGGUGGACCAAAAGACUGGAUCUCUCACCAUCAGAAACACCAAUCAGGCAUUCGGGACAAUAUAAACUAGCCGUCUCUAGAGAAAAGACUACAAUAAAGAUAUUCAAUAUUACUGUCUUUGGUGUGGCUGGUGAGACGGAUGAAGUUAAGUCAGAGACAGUGAUGGAGGGAGAGUCUGUCACUCUACAGAAUGAUGUUUUAGUAGAGAGAGAUGAUCUAAUAGUGUGGAGGUUCGGAGAUAAAGGCAUCCUCAUAGCCAAAAUCGAUGUGGAAACUAAAGAGAUCUCAUUAAAUGACGUUGAUGAGAGAUUCAAAGACAGACUGCAGCUGAAUCAGAAUGGAUCUCUGACCAUCAAGAAGACCAAAACUGAAAAUGCUGGAUUUUAUGAGCUACAGAUCAGAGGCCGCGAGAGUUCCCAGCGAUUCCUUCUUUCUGUCACUGGUUCAGGGCUGUCUCCAGGCCUUAUAGCAGGAAUUGUUGUUGCUAUUUUGCUGGUGGCUGCAAGUCUGGCUGCUGUUGUGAUUUACUAUCACCGCAAGAUCGCUAUACUAAAAAAAAAAAUGGCAAGUGACGUGUCAGUGAAGAAGGGAGAUAAUGUCCUUCUCCGGACUACUGCUGAAAUACAGGAAGGUGAUCUGUUGCUGUGGAUGUUUGGGGCUGAAAAGAGUCUUGUUGCUACAAAUGCUUCAUGGCCAAACAAAACUGAGAAUUUAGGAGGCAAUGUGCAUCUGGAAAAGACUGGAUGUCUGUUCAUCAGGAACAUCGAGACUAAAGAUGAUGGGCUUUAUAAACUACAGAUCAUCAACAGCACUAAGACCACAUGCAGGAGAUUCAAUGUGACUGUCAGUGGUGAGUAGAACAGGGCUGGUGAACUCUGGUCCUGGAGAGCCGCAGCCCCGCAGGGUUCAGCUCCAACCCUAAUAAAAUCUCACCUGCCUCCUGUAGAGUCCUAGUAACCUUUUAGACCUAGCUUGUUCAGGUGUGUUUAAUAUAACAUGCAAACAAAAAAAAACUGCAUUCAAAUAUCACAGUUUUCUCCAAAUAAGAAAAAAUACA